AUGGGCGCUGGCGAUCGCCUCGCAAGGCCUCGGUUCCUCCACGAAACAUCCCGUAAACGAGCUCCCGACGCCGCUCGACCAGCUGCUGCUUCGUCUCCACCCUCGACAUCUCCACCAUUAACCUCACUAAGUACGACGCACACGGAACCGUCAAUGGUCGAGGAGCUCCAGCGCCGCAAAGCCGCUUUUCUCGCGCAUUUCAAGAGCCACAGCACGCCGCUCUCGACGGCAGACGAUACAGGAGCAGCUCCCGACUACCCGCAGUGCCAGUCGUUUGACGCUGCAUUGAUGCCGUCAGGAGGCGCCGAGUCCAAGUGUCACGUGUGCAAUGUUCCGCUCCGUCUCUUGCGUGUCCGCCACCAUUGUCGAAAUUGUGGACUGGAUGUGUGUGGCGUACACAGCAAAAACCAAGUCCCGCUGCCUCAUUUAGGCAUUAUGAAGGAAGUCCGGGUCUGUGACUUGUGCACGAGGUACUUGGUGCAACGUCGAGCAGGUUAUCGGAGUCCAAAGACCUCAAGAUCGAGACAGAAUUCUAAUCCCAAUAGUGUCGAGCGAGAGAGCGAUCUAGAGCUGCUCGUGUCGUCGCCAAUGGAGAAAAGUGCAGCGGCAGUUGCACCCUCGACGCCGCCUCGAAGCUAUCUCCCGUUAGUAGGUGGAGCAUCUGUGACAUGUGGGACACCCGAUGCUGGCACUCGAGGAAGUUUCAGCUGCAAGUCUUUAGGAGCAGCUUCUGCGAGCACGAACGUUGGUGCGAUGCCCGGUAUUUUGUUCAGCUGCAUGUUGGAGGAACAGGAUAAUACGAUGGAUGAAAUCCUGUACUUGGGCACGUUUACAAUGGGCGGACGGUCCCUUGCAAGUCGUCGCAUGAGCGCGAAUGUCGCGCUGUGGAAGUUCCGAGUGUUUAUGCUGACGACAGCUGAGAUGUUGUGUUUCAAAGCCACUGCGUCGAUCACGGACGACGACAGUGUCCAUGCGUCGGCUAUGGCGCUCGGUGAAGUACGAUCGUCGGUGCAUUUGUCGGAUAUCCUCCACAUUGAAGUAAACGACCAGUUUCCGCGCAUUUUGACGGUGAUUCGCUCCGAUGGCAGAGUCUUUCGCGUGCGAGCGCGGACGCCGGAGCAGUGCACGGAGAUUGCGGUCACAUUGCGCAAGGCUAUGCAGCUGUUUCAGGAUGCACUGUACAAGCUGCAGCGUGGUCCGCAGCCUGAGGACAAUUCGAUCAGUUGUGUUACUGUCCAGCACGAGUCAUCGCUUCCCGAGUUUGUAGUAGCUAGCAACCCGGCCGUCGGCGAAGCGUUUCAAGUGGACAUGUAUCCCUCAAGUAUUCUCCGCUUUUACGUAAACGGCCCUUCGGCUAACGGUACAGCGCUUUAUUCGCGCGAGAUGCUCACCCAUGGAGACAAGGGUAGUUCGCCUGUUGUGGUAGAGGCCGAGCCAUUGGGAAACGGCCCGCGCGAUGAUCACGUGCUUCAUGUUGCAGUGAAAUCUGAGAAGGCUUUGAACUACUUGGAAGGAGAAACUAAUCGACGCUUCUGGGGGCUUACUUCAUUUCUUGCGGCAGUUGCAGCAGUCAUGAACUCGAUGGACACAAGGUCUUUUGAGCUUUUAGCGGGACUAUCGGCGCUUGUAUUGCUCAUUACUCGCUUCCACGAGCGCAUCAGUUUGUUGCUAACGACUAAACGAUUCUCGAGGGCAAAGCAAUUGCGUAUAGAAUGUGUCGAAAUUACGAUGGGGAAGAGCGAUGGGUCAUCGAUGGGUGACGAUGACGAACAAGCCGAAGAGCUCGACAGUCGUUUUCUUGCUGGAUGUGAAGGUGACGUAGAGGAAGCAAAGGAACGGUACGCUGCGACAAUGAAGUGGCGAAAGGAAAAGGAUGUGGACACGAUUUUGCUGCGUCCGUCGCACGUGUUCACGGACAUGAAGGAGUGCUUCACACACUUCAUACACAAAAAGGAUCGACAGGGCCAUCCAAUUACUUUCGAGUUCCUUGGCGGUCAACGGAAGGCGAUGCACGAUUUUAUCGGUCGCGGUAUUUCGGAAGAUGAAGCAAUCAUGCACCAUGUCCGUUUAAUGGAGUUUAUGUGGAAAGUGGUAGACCCGCGGCCAUUCCCGGAGGGCAAUAUGCUCAAGGUGUAUGACAUCAAGGGCAUUUCGAUGGCAGAUCUAUCGACGGACGUAGUGAACUACACAAAAAAGUGGGGCGAAAUCAUUGCCACGUACAACCCGGAGCGAGUCUACCAGGUGUUUCUCGUCAACCCACCGUCUUGGUUCAACCUCAUUUGGAAACUCGUGUCUCCACUCGUUAAUCCGAAAACACGUGAGCGUAUUCACGUGCUCCGUGGCCAGAAAGACAUUACCAAAGCGCUGCUGGAAUUUGUUGCGCCGGAGAAUUUGCCAAAGGAAUACGGUGGUGAAUGUCAGUGCGAAGGCGGAUGUUUCACGCACUCGCCGGAAGAGAAUGAUAUUCGCGAGUGGACCGAGUUUGUCAAUGCCAACUAUCAUGGAGACCCUUGCGAUCCAGUCCUUGUCGAUGCAUACGACAAACUUCGUGACAAGUAUCAGAAACAGUUGCCACCUUCAUCAUCUCCUAGCACGACUGAUUCUCUGCCAGUGUCUGAUGGGGCAACGCAUUAG